ACAUUUGUAAUAAGCUUCCUGUUCACUGCAGAACUGGGGGGUGAAGCAUGUGACCUGCUGGGCUGCUGCCAUGCAGCAGGGUCAGCUGCAUGUUGUCUGUAGACAAUGAAACUGUAGGCUGGCUUAUUUUAAAGAUGUUUAUUUGGUGCUGCUGUUUACCACAAGCUAACAGUUCAGAGGAAAACAGUCUCAUGAAUCAUCGCCAGACAUUUGCUGCAUGUUUUCUCUGACAGUUUCCACUUUCUGCUUCCUCUUUAAUAAUAUUUUAGAAAUAUUGGAACUGAGGCUGAAUGUUAAACAAGAAGUUAAAGUCUGUUAAAGUAAAUAAAAUAGAUGUUCAAGGUUUUUAAACUCAGAUUUUUCCUUUGGAUUUUAAACUGACUAAGAUUACAGAUGACAGAUUGUUGCCAAAUCUGCCAUCCACUUUUCCACCCAUCCUGUGAAGGAGGGAGAACCGUUUAGACCUCGGUCAGCUUCUGGGAAGAAUAAAUGUUGGUCGUUUCUUUUCAGGACUGCGUGUCAGUAGCUCUGCUCCCAGCCAUAAAUAUGCAUCUUUUCUAGAUUUGCUCUUUCAGUCCAGCUUCAUUUCUAAAGCAUUUAUGAGACCAAACAGAACCAAACUAUGUUGAAAUGACAAACAUGUCAAAUUAGACACAGCAUAUAAAUAAAUAUGACUUUUCAAAAAACAAAACCCAAACAAAUGUGACCAAAACUUGAAUUACAAUCUCAAAGUGCUUCUGAGAAAGAAUUUUAGCCAAAUGCCUGAAAAUAGGAAAGUUUUAUAUGGUAACUGUCCUGAAUAUAUUGAAGCAGUGCUGCUGUUAGUACAAGGUGCGGCUCCACCCUCCUCUCACUGUGAGGAGGCGGUUUACUCUUAUGCACCAUGUGUCCUUUCUGAGAGGGGAAGGAGGCGACGUAUCACAGCCGCUCUAAAGAGAAACUCAGAGUUAAACACCUUAUUGCAGCCGCUUCUCUCUGCUGGCAUGUCGGCUGUCAUGGCGUUUUGGACUCUGAUUUUUGUUCCAGUUCUGUUGACUGCAGCAGCUGAAGCUGCAGCAGCUGCAGCACUAAGUCUAACCAGGAAGGUUGGUGAGGACGGCGUGACGCUCAGCCUGGGAGACAGACAGCUGAAACCUGGCGACCUGGUGGUCUGGUUCUGCGGUCCAGAGACGGGGAAGGAGCAUCGUCUCUUCGAGGUCGAGAUCGGGAAUCAUGAUGGGCCGACCAAACGAGACCAGUUUGAUCUGGAUCCGACCACCGGCGCUCUGACCAUUAAGCCUCUCUCAGCUACAGACUCUGCAGUCUAUUAUGGUCAGAUCAUCAACGGCGACGGGAUCAAUCGAUUCUUCAACCUGACAGUGGAGGGGCCUGAUCCCAUCCAUCCCAUCCAACCAACACCUGACCCUCAACAACAUGGAAACAUCGGGAUCAUCAUCGGUGUCGUCGUUGUUGUUGUUUUCAUCUGUUUCCUCAUCGCUUUUAUAGUGAAGAAGAAAAAUAUAUGCAGCUCUGAUUCUAUCGUCUGAUCAUUCGACCUUCUCUCAUUCCUGACCAACGAGCCUCAGCUGAUCCAAACCGACUCCUGCCAAGAAAAACUCCAGAUUUCUGUUGAAAGAUUUUCAGUUCUUCCACCAACAUUUCCGACCAGCAGCUCUGACAGAUGUGGAAACUCAACAUGUUUAGUGUCUGUCAUUCAUUUCUUGUUCAGAGUCUGGGAGUUUUCUGUUGCUCCUGAUCAUGGUGCUCCUUUAUCCUCAGUGAGCAGAGGGACCUCAGGGGCCACAGGAGCCUCAAGGGCCUCAGGGAGAAGCAUUGGGACCUGCUUUAUGUUUGUACCAUUGUGUCCUGCUAGUUCAACGGUUCAAACACCAAAUAUACCUUAAUGUGCAUUAAUGCAGUCAGACUGUCUACAGCUAAAGCUAACAGUCAGACUGUCUACAGCUAAAGCUAACAGUCAGACUGCCAACAGCUAAAGCUAACAUCUACAGUCUUCCUUAGCGCUGCUCUCAGGGGUUCAGCCAAUCGGCACCAAGGAAAAUAAAUGCUGCUCCAUUAUUUGCUGCUUUGCAAACACCAGCCAAUAGUGUGUUAAGUAGCACUGCAGGCAUUUCAGUGCAGCAUUUUCAGUAGAAUAUUUUAGAUCAACUCGUAGCACAGAAAACUGAAUUCUGAAACAACGUGCCUAGCCUUUGAUUUUACAGUAAAAAUGUAUUCUGUUCAGUUAGCAUUAGCUUGGCAUCUCGCUUCAAAGCUAAAUCCACUAAGACAUUUUGUUGUUUGAUGUUAAGAAGCAUUUUUCAUCUCAGGAUCUCGUAAGGGCUCAACAAGGGCGAGCAGAGUAUUAAAAAGAUUAAAAAGAGCUAAAGGUGCACCGAUUGCAGUUUUACAGACGAUCACAGUUUACCAAUAUUUUUAAAAGCCUGACCUGCCAUUUCAGAUUCUGGCUGAUGCCAGUUUUUUUAUCUCUGGCCAGUCUGUCAGUCAGACCUGCUCACAAAGGACAGAGGUCGAAAACAUCAGUGUAUCGGCUUCACGUGUAAAAAUCACUGAUCUCCCAAAAACUCAGUCAUAAAAACACUUAGUUUUUAUUAUAACUUAGAGACUGAAGGGUAUUCAUUACUUUUACAAAUUUAGAGCCCCGUUAGUAAGUCCAGAGAAUAUUUUUACAUGUUUAGCUUCCCAGAACAGGGAUUAGGACAAAGCUACAUCAGCCACAACGUUUCAGACGCCUGUUCUCCAGAACACGAAUUAGACCAGAGGAAACUUAUCAACCCUGAACAGGAGAAACUAGUUACAGACUUUAGAUCAACAUUGGAUUAUUUUUCUUCUUUUACUCUUUCCUUUGAUUUGUUAAUUUGUUUGUAUUUCCUUUUAAUUCCUGUAAAGCCCUUUGUGUUGCCUUGUUGUUGGAAAUGUGCUGAAUAAAUAAAAUGACCAAAAUGAAGGAAUUUGGCACCGAUAAUCACUGAACCCCCAGAGAGAAAACAAACAUCUUAAUGCCUCCUCUAAACAGCCAGUGUGUCUUAUUUAAUGUUUAAGGUUAAAUUAUGUUAUUUAAAAACAAAAAUCAAAUUUAUUUAAAAUGGAUUCAAACCAAAGAGUUCAGAAAUAUGUGCACAUGUAUGUUUGGAUUAAUAUCUGCAGAUUCUCUUUAGAUGUUUCUUUUGCUCUUUGUAAUAUUAAUGCCAGUUCUGCUGUUGUUUACUCAUCAUUUCUAUUUAUUACAGUGUUCAGUGUAAAUAUUUAGUUUAUGAUCAUCAGGGGCAAAAAUAAUGUGAUUAAACUCAAAAUUGAUCUUCCCAUAAACAUGAUGUCUAAGUGAACCAGCAGUUUGUUGAAUAAAUCAAUAAUUAACGUAAAUUUAAACUGAAAUAAAAAGAUCAAAUUGUGUCUGGA